GUAGUUGUAGAAGAAAGCAGAAGGUUAGUUGACUAGCCUCACAAAGUGCAGUUAGAUUAUAAGUAACUUCACAAAUUAUCACCUUGAAUAUUAAUUAGAUUUACCUGCAAACCACUUGUUCUAUCUUUUCUCAUCAAUAUUAAUUACUACUCACACAAGAAACCAAUAAUCAACAUGGAAACCAAACCAAAAGUCACUCAGAAAUGGAUGCUAUGCACAUUUGUUAGCUUCAUUAGCUGCUUCAUUUUCUUGCUAUGCCAGCACGACAAUGAGGCGGGGCAUUUCAGGGCUAUACGAAAUGCCAUGCUCAACGUGGCAUCGUCUUUAGAUGAUAGCUUUUCCCCUUCUGAAAAUUUAGAAAUCUCGAAACCAGCAAGAAGCAGAGAAGAUGAAGGAGAUAUAAUACAGAAAAACAGCAAGAACAAGUGCAACAUAUUUGAGGGAAGAUGGGUUUACAAUCCAAUGAAGAGCCGAUAUUAUGAAGCACCACAAUGUCCAUUCCUUAGUGAACAAGUGAGCUGCCAGAAGAAUGGAAGGCCUGAUUUUGAUUAUGAAAAUUGGUCAUGGGAAGGUCAUGAUUGUGUGAUCCCAAGCUUCAAUGGUAGAGAUAUGUUGAAGAGGCUAAGAGGCAAGAGGAUCAUCAUAGUUGGAGAUUCCCUAAACAGGAACCAAUGGGAAUCUCUCGCGUGUCUUCUUUAUUCUACAAUUCCUCCUUCAAGAGCCCAUCUUGAUUAUAGCAGUGGCUCCUAUAAAGUCUUCAAAGCCAAGGACUAUAACGUUACUGUAGAGUUCUACUGGGACCCAUUUCUUGUCCAGUUCGACUCAAAUAAUGCUGGUGCACCUAAAAUUUUGAGACUGGAGACAAUCGAUUUAUUGUCUAGACAUUGGCAAGGAGCUGACAUUAUGGUGUUCAAUACAGGUCAUUGGUGGGUGCAUCUUGGAAAGUUCAAGACGUGGGAUUUAUUCGAGUACAAGGGACAAUUAAUUGAUGAGCUGAAGUUAGAAUUAGCAUUUGAGGUGGCAAUGUGAACCUGGGCAAAUUGGAUAGAUCAAAAUGUUAACUUGACAAAAACAACAGUUUUCUUCAGAA